AUGAUCGAGAUGUAACAUUGGAUUACGUGGAAUUCAUGAAAAUUUUGAACACCUCCCUUGACAAAGAGAUCAGGCCGAAGUACACUGAACAUUAUUACACGGGUUUCUUGGUUCACCCGAAUUACUCGAAUCGAGACUUGAUGGUGUACAUGAUUUUAAAAACUUUUAUGACUCGAUGCCCAAAGCUCGAACGAAUUUCAAUUGACUUACGGCGCAUUUACACGCGAGGACCAAAAGAAUACUUUUGUUCUGAGUUGAAAAAAGAGCGGGCUCCCCGACUCGAAUAUCGCCAUCUCCCCACAGAAAUAUAUGAAACAUUGCAUUCAUACUCGGGUGACGGUCCUUGCCUAAAGCAGCUGAGUGAAGUAGUAUGUGUGACAAGACGUCGGAAAACCAGUUUGCUACUCUCGUUGACGAAAUUCGCGCCUAACAUAAAAUAUUUGGUAGCCACGAUUGCUUAUCGACAACAUUUUUUGGAUGGUGACCUGGAAAGAAAUUAUGAGAAACCAAAAGUCGAAGAAGAAGCUGCGAGUUUAGCGACACUCAUUCAAUCACAAAAGGCCUUGUCACAUUUUGGAUUACACAUGUGUUCCGAAGGACUGCCCGUUGUAAUGUCUGCACUGAAGUCUCAAAUUGAUUCUUUAAGCUCUUUGAGCUUUGUGAAUAUGAAAAAUUUGAACCAUAAAGUUUUGAUUGGUAUAAAACCGCUGAAAAAGUUACAGAAACUCUCGUUUCAAUUAUGCACAUUUCAAUCUGACGGAUCAACAUUUCGUUCAACCAAUCCUGAAUUCCCGUGCCUCACAGAGCUCGAUCUGAAUGGAACAUUUGCUUCGGAUGAAAUGUUGGAGAAUUUGUUAUUAAUGUGCCCGAGUGCUCUCAAGUCUUUGAACCUGGGGAAACGAAAUAUUAAGUAUCAUUUCGAUUCACAAGAACUCCCGCCUCACAAACUCAUUAAUUUGAUUUCAACAUUAUUUCCAAACUUGAUGCACUUCAAAGCUUCAAUUUACCCCAACGAGAUAUUACAACUUUACUCAUUACUCUCUUCAUGCUUCGACUUGACAACCUUAGACUUAGUUGGAGCGACACAAAAAUCAGAUGAUGAAACGAGUCGUUUGUUCCUAAAUCUCAGUGAGGCAAAUUUGGAAACUUUGCAAAAUUUAAAAAAACUAAGAUUGAAAGGAAUGAUGUGGUCCUUUUCACCAUUCUCGUUUGAGACGUUUUUGAGGAAUAGCAAAUUAUUGGAGAAAUUAGAAACGUUGGAGAUCGCUGAUUCUCGUGAUUUCGGAAACCAACAUUUACAAGUCAUAAUUAGAUGUUUGGAAGGAACCGAUAAAGUUACUGUGAGGCAAAUAAAUUUGGAUACGUGUAGCUUAGUAAGUUCCAGAUUACUUAAUAAAGCCAAAGAGAUGGUUGUUGAUAACGCCUAUAACAACAACGAUAUUGAUAAGUUAGAAAAAAAGCAUGUGAUUUGCCAAAAAUUUUUGGAUUUGUUGAAAUAUUGUAAAUAA